GGUUUCUGCCCGGAUCUGAAAGCCGCUUCCGUUGCUCGGCGGAAGUGUGGGUCGCAAGAAGACGACUCUUGGAGGAAUCCGCCUUCUGCCGUGUGCUCAAACGGAAUCAUGUCGAGUUUGGCGGUGAGAGACCCGGCAAUGGAUCGAUCACUGCGUUCCGUGUUCGUGGGAAACAUUCCGUAUGAAGCAACUGAGGAGCAGUUAAAGGACAUUUUCUCGGAGGUUGGUUCUGUUGUUAGUUUCCGGCUGGUGUACGAUAGAGAAACAGGAAAACCCAAGGGUUACGGCUUCUGUGAGUACCAAGACCAGGAGACCGCGCUUAGUGCCAUGCGGAACCUUAACGGGCGGGAGUUCAGCGGGAGAGCGCUGCGGGUGGACAAUGCAGCUAGUGAAAAGAACAAGGAGGAGUUAAAGAGCCUAGGGCCUGCAGCGCCCAUCAUUGACUCGCCCUAUGGGGACCCCAUCGAUCCGGAAGAUGCGCCUGAAUCAAUUACCAGAGCAGUUGCUAGUCUACCCCCAGAGCAGAUGUUUGAACUGAUGAAGCAGAUGAAACUUUGUGUACAAAACAGUCACCAGGAAGCGAGAAACAUGUUACUUCAAAAUCCACAACUGGCAUAUGCGCUGUUGCAGGCGCAAGUAGUGAUGAGAAUAAUGGAUCCUGAGAUUGCUCUGAAAAUUUUGCAUCGCAAGGUGCAUGUCACACCACUGAUCCCAGGCAAAUCUCAGCCUGUCUCUGGCCCUGGCCCUGGCCCUGGGCUCUGCCCAGGACCUAAUGUUCUGUUGAACCAACAGAAUCCUCCAGCCCCUCAGCCUCAGCAUUUGGCCAGAAGACCUGUGAAAGACAUUCCUCCUCUGAUGCAGACCCCUAUUCAGGGUGGAAUUCCAGCCCCCGGGCCAAUGGCAGCUGCAGUUCCUGGACCUGGUCCUGGUUCCUUAGCUCCUGGUGGAGCAAUGCCACCCCAAGUUGGAAUGCCAGGGGUUGGUCCAGUGCCUUUAGAGCGGGGCCAGGUGCAGAUGUCAGAUCCGAGAGCUCCUAUACCUCGUGGACCCAUGACUGCUGGUGGCCUACCUCCUCGAGGACUGUUAGGAGAUGCUCCAAAUGACCCACGUGGAGGGACUUUGCUUUCAGUCACUGGAGAAGUAGAACCUAGAGGCUAUCUUGGCCCACCUCAUCAGGGUCCCCCCAUGCAUCAUGCCUCUGGUCACGAUAGCCGUGGACCUUCCUCACAUGAGAUGAGGGGAGGGCCAUUAGGAGAUCCCAGACUGCUCAUUGGAGAACCCAGAGGACCCAUGAUAGAUCAAAGGGGUCUUCCUAUGGAUGGCAGAGGUAGUAGAGAUUCUCGGGGGAUGGAGACUCGAGCCAUGGAAACUGAAGUCUUAGAGACACGAGUCAUGGAGAGAAGAGGAAUGGAAACCUGUGCAAUGGAAACCAGAGGGAUGGAGGCAAGAGGCAUGGAUGCACGAGGAAUGGAGAUAAGGGGCCCUGGCCCCAGUUCGAGAGGCCCUAUGACUGGUGGAAUCCAGGGUCCUGGUCCCCUUAGUAUGGGGGCAGGUGGUCCUCAAGGACCCAGACAGGUCCCAAGCAUUUCAGGGGUGGGAAAUCCUGGAGCUAGCAUGCAGGGGGCAGGCAUACAAGGAGCAGGCAUGCAGGGGGCAGGCAUACAAGGAGCAGGCAUGCAGGGGGCAGGCAUACAAGGAGCAGGGAUGCAGGGGGCAGGCAUACAAGGAGCAGGCAUGCAGGGAGCAGGCUUACAAGGGACAGGCAUGCAGGGAGCAGGCAUACAAGGAGCAGGCAUACAGGGGGCAGGCAUACAAGGAGCAGGCUUGCAGGGGGCAGGUAUACAAGGAGUGAGCAUGCAAGGGGUGGGCAUGCAAGGGGCAGCCAAGCAAGGUGGAGGCCAGCCUAGUAGUUUUAGUCCUGGGCAGAGCCAAGUAACUCCACAGGAUCAAGAAAAGGCAGCUUUGAUCAUGCAGGUUCUUCAACUGACCGCAGAUCAGAUUGCCAUGCUGCCUCCUGAGCAAAGGCAGAGUAUCCUGAUUUUAAAGGAACAAAUUCAGAAAUCUACUGGAGCUUCUUGAAAGGUUUUAGGAAAUGUUUGGCAGUAGUCCCAGAAAAUUUUUCUGUAGCCUGAAGAAUAGGUGCAAAAGGCUGACUUCUGCAUCCCCACAAUUAAGUGGUUAGGGUUUCCUUCCUAGAAAGUAAUCUCAUUUUUUUUUCUUUCUCUUUGUUUUACUUUUUAUUUUUAAUUGGGGGGUGGGAGGAGGGAAUGGUGGGUCUGUUCACUUUAAUUCACUGUAAAUACACACAAAAAACUGAACAAGAUUAGAUUAUACCAAAUAAGAUUACAAAGAAUUUGCAGCAAUAUUAAAAGUGUCUACAAUAUGUUAACUACAUUUUUUAAAUACUGAGUAAAAUGAUACCACUUGAAUCAAACUCCUUGAAGAAUUAAAUAUGAUUAGUCAAAAUGGUAAUAUGCAAGAUAGUUUAAGGUUUUUGGUUGUACAAGAAAGAAGUUGACAUCAAAAUUAUAAGAUAUUUUUUGUAAGCCAUUUAAAAUUCAGAAUCCUAUAUUUAGGCAGUGGAGUCCUGUAUUAGGUUAAGCAUUGUUUUAGUGUUUUGGAAUUACUUUGAAAUGUUAAAACUAAUAGUAUAAGUCUCAACGAGGUUUUCUUCUAAAGGUAUGCUACCUGAAAAAUCAAGGAAUGCAUCUGGUGUGAUGAUGGUGUUUCAUUUGUCCCAUCCUUGAGAGACCAGAAAUAUUCUGGCCUGGCCCUCGGGCAUGGUGAUUUUGCUGGGACGGUUCUAUGAUCAAUCAGGUUACUUAAGUUGGCUCUGAGAAGAUUCAGUAUGUACCUUGCUAUUUCUCAAUAGUCUUUAACUUCUGAAUCUGAAUCUGACUAAUUCUCUAAACAUCCUUCUGAAAAGUCAGUGUUAGGGACCUGUUGAUCUGGAAGAAUUAUACACAGCAUUGGGCUUUGCAUAAAUAGUGGUGGCUUCUUGUAGUAAAGCUCUCAGUUUCCUGGUAACUAGCUUCCAUGCACAGAUGGUAUCCAUCUGACUAACUAGAAUCAGUAGUUAAAAAUCUUAGUCUCAGCAACAUUUAUGUCUUUUAGAUUUCUUAUUUUAAAGUCUAUUUGUCUAUCACCAUCUUACCAGAAUUGAGGCCCAGGAAGGUAGAGAGAUUCUUGUGGUCUGAAUUCUCUGCUCAGUUUGUUAUUCACAUUACUUUUUCCAAGUAAUAAAGCCAUUUAGUCCCAAUGGAUGUUUAAAAAUCAGUUGGAAGGAGGGGCUUCUCAACAUUUCCUUUAGAGAUGCUACUACAUUUAUUUUUAAGCAUUAAGGAUGUGGACACAAAAAGUUGUAUCAUAGACCAAGCAGUAAUUAGCAGAGGCAUAAACACCAAAAUCACCAAUGGUCUUACUCUGGAGAGGGAAAACCAAUAUCUAGACAGAGGAAAAUAUGCCAUUUAAUACAAGGAGGAAGCUGAGACUUUGAAUUAUUUUCCACUUGCAAAGUUAUUGCAUCUUAAAUGGGUAAUACACUCUCUUUACAAAGUAUGCUGUUGUAUCCUACUCUCUGCUUUAUUGUUAUUCAUACUAUUAACUUGCCAUGUUUUCAGUUUGCUUAUUUUAUAUUGGAGAAGAUAACUGUCCUUUCUUUACAUGUGUAAUAGUUCUGGUUAAUACUAAUGCAUAGAAAUGGCUUGAUCACUUUGAAAUUACAGUUAUUUUAUUCCAAAGCUUUCACUGAAGGACUCUAACUGAAAACUGUUAAGUGUUAUGCUCUUUGUUGUAGUAAAAUCUCUACAUUGUCUAACGCAGGCUGAAUAAAAAUAAUGUACAAUUAAGGCUGA